AUGGUGUCCCCUUCCACGUCCAAAUCUCAAGGUCCCCCAGAGGCCUCAACCGCAGUUGAACCAGACCGGUAUCAAAAUGCCAUCCAGGAUAAGCAUGAGGGCUUUGAUGCCUGGAUGCAAGUUGUGGGAGCUUUUCUCAUAUACACAGCAACAUGGGGUCUCUUGAGCGCAUACGGCUCCUACGAAAAGUACUACGAGACAGUUAUGCUGACAUCUACACCCUCGACCAACAUCGCUUGGGUUGGAACCUUACAAGGUGUCAUCCUCAUCAUGGGAGGCGUUGUGACCGGUCCGAUUUUUGAUCGAGGAUAUUUUAGAGAGCUCCUCAUUAUUGGAACUCUUAUUACAGUACUCGGCGUCAUGAUGUUGAGCUUAGCUCACAGCUAUUAUCAGGUCCUCCUAGCCCAGGGAGUAUGCGUCGGUAUUGGAAGUGCAAUCCUCUAUGUACCUAGCAUUUCCCUUGUCGCAUCUAGGUUUGAACGACGUCGUGCUUUGGCAGUCUUCUUUGCUACGUUGGGGACAGCUGUCGGGGGCAUCAUAUACCCUAUCAUAUUUACAAACCUCCAGCCAAGAAUCGGGUUUGCGUGGACUACACGUGUUCUGGGGUUUGUCACCCUCGUUGAGCUCGUCGUAGCAUUGGCCAUCAUGCUGCCGGCCACCAAAGGUCAGGUUUCUCACAAAGUGCGCUCUCUCCUGGACCCAACGGCUUUCCGUGAUCCCGCCUUUAUGGCAUUUUGCCUGGCCUUGUUUCUCAUGUGGAUUGCAUACUGGGUACCCUUUUUCUUACUUCCUCUGUAUGCUCAGUUUAAGGGUGGCGCAAGCUCUGAGCUUUCCUUCUAUAUCUUGGUUAUUGCCAAUGCCUCGACUAUACCUGGUCGUUACCUGGCGGUCCCCUUGUCAAACAGAUUUGGCCCAGCGUUGACUAUGGCUGGAUUCGCAUUUAUUUCUAGUAUUCUGUUCUUUGGAUGGAUCGGUGUUGACACAAUAGCGUCUACCAUCGUCUGGGCUGUACUUAUCGCUUUGUUCAUGGGACCCCUCGCGGUGAUCUACCCUAUCAUUGUCCCACGCCUCUCACCAAACCCGGAACUCGUCGGUACGCGAAUGGGAAUAUCAUCAGCUGCAGCGGCACUUGGAACCUUAAUCGGGUUUCCAGUCACGUCUGCCUUGAAUGAUAUUCAAGCUGGAAGUUUCUGGAAGAGUCAAGUUUUCAAUGCUUGUUGCAUGUUGAGUGGAUCUUUGCUUAUGAUAUAUGUUCAUUAUAAGACGUCCAAAUCACCUUGA